AUGGCUGGUGAUGAGAUUAGAGUUAAAAACAAGAUGAAGAGGCAAGCUCUCUUCGCCGAAGUCAAGGAUCAAAAGAAUAAAGAACGUCAUACGAUGAGAAGAACUAGAGCUAAAGAAGAAAGAGAAAACCCAGAAUUAAAAGAAAAGAGAUUGAAAGAGAAUGUGACGCAGACUAUUGAUUCCAUGAGAGUUUAUGACGAGACGAUAAAGGAAGCGAUUGAAGGUGAUGAAGAUGAUUUGAUGAAAUUUUUCAAUAAUAGGAAUAGUAAUCAACCUCCAAAGAUUUUUUUAACAACAAAUGUGAAUGCCAAGAAGGCAGCAUACGAAUUUGCUAACGUACUUAUUGAAGUCUUACCAAAUGUCACUUUUGUGAAGAGAAAAUUCGGCUAUAAAUUAAAAGAAAUUGCCGAUAUGUGUAUUAAGAGAGACUUCACCGAUAUGGUUAUUAUAAAUGAAGAUAAGAAGAAGGUCACUGGGUUGACGUUCAUGCAUUUACCAGAAGGUCCAAGUUUCUAUUUCAAACUGAGUUCCUAUGUUGAAGUUAAAAAAAUCGUGGGUCACGGUAGGCCCACGAGUCACAUACCUGAACUGAUCCUUAACAAUUUCCAAACAAGAUUGGGUAAAACUGUCGGCAGGUUAUUCCAAUCGAUAUUCCCUCAAAAUCCUGAAUUUGAAGGUAGACAAGUCAUAACAUUGCAUAACCAAAGAGACUACAUUUUCUUUAGAAGACAUCGUUACGUUUUCAGAAAUGAAGAGAAAGUGGGUUUACAAGAAUUGGGUCCCCAGUUCACGUUGAAGUUGAAGAGAUUACAAAGAGGUCUCAAAGAAGAAACCGAAUGGGAACACAGGCCUGAAAUGGACAAGGAAAAGAAGAAAUUUCACCUUUAG